UGCCCGGAUGUUGGGAAGCAGGGAUGGUGGCGCAGUGACGUCACUCACAAAGCUUUCAGAAAACUUGCCUUGCCUUUCCUACAUCACUGGAAGGACAAGUGGCUUCAAAUUCAAUUUGGUCUGCACCCCAUGGAGACGUUAGGAGCCGGACUUCGCAAAUCGAAACGCAAAUGCUUCUUUCAUCGCGCGUUCGCGUUUGAAACGCCAUCUUUUCACGCGUAGGGAGGCAUGAAGCGCAAGAACGAGCGACGGAACGAGUCGAGGAAAAGACUACGAGCGUCUCUGAGGGAGCAGACGGAUUCCAAGCGCGAUAUUUACCUUCGUAUCACAGAUCAGCUGUAUUUUGCUCUUCUUCAUCAGAAGGUGAAGAGCAGUCCUGACAGACACUGUUUCUGCAUCGAUGAAGAGCUUUCCUAUGAGAACUUCUAUGCAGACUUUGGCCCGCUCAACCUGGCCAUGUUUUAUCGCUUCUGUUGCAAACUCAACAAGAAGCUGAAGUCUUGUGCUCUUGCAAAGAAGACAAUUGUGUUUUAUACCUGUGGCGACCGAAAGAAACAAGCCAAUGCUGCGUAUUUGAUCGGCUCUUAUGCUGUAAUGCAUCUACAGAAAACACCAGAAGAAGCAUACAGCCUUCUGCUCUCUCAAAAUGGAUCUUAUCUUCCUUUUCGAGAUGCAUCUUUUGGAGCGUGCAUGUUCAAUCUGAAUAUCCUUGACUGUCUACGGGCCGUUCACAAGGCUCUCCAGUUCGGCUGGCUGGAUUUCUCCAAGUUUAAUGUGGAGGAAUAUGAACAUUAUGAGCGGGCAGAAAAUGGAGAUUUCAACUGGAUAAUUCCAGGAAAGUUUUUGGCUUUUAGCGGCCCUCAUCCAAAUAGCAAAAUUGAGAAUGGAUACCCUCUUCAUGCCCCUGAAGCGUAUUUCCCCUACUUCAGGAAGCACAACAUCACCGACAUCAUCCGGCUCAACAAGAAAAUGUACGACGCCAAGCGUUUCACAGACAUGGGCUUCAAGCACCACGACCUGUUCUUCGUAGACGGCAGUACGCCCAACGAUGCCAUCGUCACCAAAUUCCUGAACAUCUGCGAGAAUGCAGAUGGAGCCAUUGCGGUCCACUGCAAAGCCGGUUUGGGCCGAACCGGGACACUGAUUGGCUGUUAUAUGAUGAAACACUUCAGACUGACAGCAGCUGAAGUUAUCGCGUGGAUCAGGAUCUGCAGACCCGGUUCGAUCAUCGGACCUCAGCAGAACUUCAUAGACAAAAAGCAGGCGAGUCUGUGGGCAGAGGGUGAUUUGUACCGUCAAAAAAUAAAUGAGCAGGAAAACGGAUCGAGUAAAACACUAGUGGCUGGAAUCCUAUUAGGAGUGGAAGAUAUUUCCAUUAAUGGUACAAACAAGAACAUUUCACAGAGAAAAACAGCCUCUGAGACGCACACUGAGGAAGAGGAAGAGGAGUGCACGGGACUCACGCAAGGCGACAAACUGAGAGCUCUGAAGAGUAAGAGGCAGUCCAGAGCAUCUACGGGGUCAAUAUCGUUAGAAGAAAAUACUAUUCACACCAAAUCAACACCAAAUCCAUUAAGCUCAGAUAAAAGGAAAAGAACUCGGGCUUCCCUUGGAUCCAGCAGGACCAGUAGCCUGUUACAAUCAAGGCUCGCUAAAUCUUUAGGCAGCUUGCACGUAAUGGUCUGUGAAAAGGAUCAUAUGUUUUCUGAUUCAGUGGCCAACAAUAUUUGCAUCAAGGAGUCAAACUUGCUGACGGGAAGAGCAGGCAUCUCUGGUGUUUGCUUGCACACUGUCUGCUGCUGGAUGAUUCACGUUAAAUGACUCUUACAGGAUCCCAAGCACUCUCAGUCUGUGAGCAUGACUCAGAGUCGUUUACUCCUGGUUGUAACGUUUUUCAUGCAUCAUCUGCGAUCAGAUUUAUGCAUGAUGAUAUUUUAGGCAUUUAAAGCUGCGUAGUUUAGGUUUGGAAUAAUUACUAUUAUACAUUUUUUUUUUUUAUGCUCACCAAGGCUAUUUAAUUUAAAAAAUACAGAAAAUGUGACGUUAUUAUUAGAAUGUAAAACAGCUGUUUUCUAGGGGUGGCAGGGUUCGCUGAAAAAAAAACUGAACCGUUCGGUUGACAACACAUGGUUCGGCACGCGCUGGGACCGCGGUUCAACUUAUAUCCGACAAAGCACCUGUUAUAUGGUUUGCUAUAAAUAACUCGUGAAAACAAACAGGGUUCAGCUAAUAUACAGUAUGUUUCUGUUAAUGGAUGUGCAUUCUGGCUUUCCAGGACACAUUAAUUGCUCAACUCCCAGUAAAGACAUUUAUAAUGUUACAGAAGAUUUCGAUUUCAAAUAAAUGCUGUUCUUUU